AUGAGUGAAGAAAAUCUUGUUUGUCUGCUGCAAAGACCAUCUGAAAGCCGAUCGCAAGCUGUUUCUUACCAGUUGUCUAAGAUUUUCAAACAUCUCUAUCAAUUUUCAAGUCUAGAUGAUGACAUGGUCUCCUAUUUACAGGCUGCAAAAGAGAGCGAAGAUGAAAAACAUUGUUCCUACAUAAAAGAAGUCAAUGAGGUUCUUGAAAAGCAUAGAGACACUAUUAAUGCGGUGAUGCUGCAGAAUGUCGCAUUAGACAGUACAGUUGUGAUAUAG